GAGAAAGAGAGAGAGAGAAAAAGAGAAAGAAGAAAAGAAGAAAACCGGGAAGGAUGUGCCAGAUGGUCAGGAACAUUACGGCGCUGCCGCGGAUUGGAUCCCACAGCAUCUCGGAAAACGAAAUGAGGCGAAUGAGACUAGAGACUGAUUCGAAAGCUCCGCCUGGUUUUCGGGACGUCCCAAAUCUUCGCAUCCCUCCAACCAAUAUAUUUUCUUAUCUCUAUCUCAUUCUCUUUCCGUCCGCGUUGCUCCUCCCGGUUCACUCUUCGGUUCUGCUUCGGAGAACAUUGACUAACAAUUAGUUGCACGUCGCAGACGUGAUCUGUCGCGAUAUUCUACCCUGCCGACACAGACACUCGUGUGAUCGCGAAUAAAAGAGGAAUCAUUGAUCACAGGAUGCCUCGAAAACGACGCGCUUCGACAUCGUCACUGGAGGAAUAUCCUUCUGAGGAAAAGUAUUUGAAGGAUGACAUGGAUAGUCGCGCUCCGCGAAACGCUGCCAAUGCCCGAGAACGCGCGAGAAUGCGAAUAUUAAGCAAAGCAUUUUGCAGAUUGAAAACAACAUUGCCAUGGAUACCUGCAGAUAGCAAAUUGAGCAAAUUGGACACGUUACGUUUGGCCGCAACGUACAUCGCUCAUCUGCGAGCGGUGCUUCGGGAUGACGGUGAAACUCAUCCUGAGACCACCAAAUCCUUGUCGCUAGCCUUGUCGUGGCCUUUUGCUAUUCAAAACAACAAUGCUGCCGCGCUUGUGAACACCAGUUGCAACGUGUCUUCCUCUACGUCUUCGAGUUGUAAUCAGUAUCGAGGACAGCAAAUGACUCACGAUAUUCAAAAUUUCCAUCAUUCAGGGCAUCAGGGUGCAUCGACACGCCAUAAUCAGGAGCAACAGCUCUCUUAUUUCUAACAAAAAAAUUCUGACAAUCCGAUCAGAACUUGACUGCAGUGAGCGAUAUCUACAAAAAGUGACCACUAACGACUGGAUUACACGACGAAGAUGGUGCUGUCGUGUAUUCACGCCUUAUUUAUUCCAAAGUGCCUUAUUCUAAUAUUUAUUGAUUUAAUUUUAAUAUAUAAUUACGAUUGCAUCUCAAUUUAUAUGACAAGGAAACAAUGUACAUAUUCAUAUUUUGACUAUACGUAUUUUUUGCAUACCAAAAGAAUUUAGCUGUAAUUCAGCUGUUUAGAAACCUUAGUAAAACAAAAUUAUGUAAGAUAAAUAAAAUCAUUUCUGAUAUAUUUUAU